AAAGAGUCGAAACAGAACCCAUUGUGGUGUUGGAGAGGAGUGAGCAGCUGCCUGAGAGAACAAGAAAAGAAGCAAUACCGUGACCGCGGAGGGACUCACAACACGCGGACAGAUAUGGACGUUAAUUCACGGCACGGACGCUGUUAUCCUUUGUGAAAAGGACCCCGUCGUCCAGUCGGAAACGUCCGGUAUAUGAAGAGUUAAGACUCGACAGCUCAACUGUUUAUUUCAGCGGCUAGCAGGCUAGCUGGCUAGAUACCUAAGAGCUAGAAAUGGGAAGCCCGUUUGAGUCUGCUUGAUAGAGAGAGAUCUUCGUCGAGCUUUGAAGAAGCAGCUUUCGGCUGAGAUAUUAUCGGCAGUGCUUUAAAGUCCCCUUCGCCCGCCUCGUAAGUAGCCGCAACUUUGAAGAAUGAUAUCAGCUGAGCGCUAACCAUUUCACUACUACAAAGCCGGAGAGGGAAAAGUCACAGGACUGCUGGCCCAAGUUUGCGCACAAACCGAAGAGACAACAUGAUGCACUGGCCACUGCCAAAGUCUGGCACAGUGCAGCUGUGCCAACCUAGCCUCUGUCUGCCGCUUUAGACAUUUCCCCUUUUACACCAUGACGGAGAGGCAUUGAGGUUAGCUCCCUGACGAUCAUCUCAAUACCUCUCCUCCUCCCCUGUCCCUCCACACCCCACUCCUGACCCAUCCACAUCAUGCUGCGCUUCCUGCCUCUCAAACUUGGCCGCCUGUACCGCUGUCUAAAGCUCCUAUUGGUGGUGGGAUUGUUUGUCAUCUUGUUGAUGAACACCCACAACCUGUUCGCCUCCUUCCAGAAGAAUGAGCUCACGGACAGACGAUUCAUCAACCUCAACAAGUGUCCCGCCUGCUUUGGCACCAGCUGGUGCCGCAAGUUCAUGAACGGCCAGGUUUCCUUUGAGACCUGGGGUCGCCUGCGGUUUCUAGACGUUUUCAAUGUCAAGAAUGUUUACUUCGCACAGUACGGUGAGCCCAGGGAGGGCACUCGUCGUGUUGUGCUCAAACGGCUCGGUUCGAACCAGGAGCUGGCCGAGAUAGACCAGAAAAUCUGUAAGAGGGCAACAGGCAGGCCACGAUGUGACCUCAUCCAGGCAAUGUACAAGACUGAAUUUGCCAGGAUCAACGGGGAUGUUCGACUGCUCACUCCAGAUGUGGUGGAGGGCUGGUCAGACUUGGUGCACUGCCCCUCUCAGAGGCUGCUGGACCGUGUAGUCCGCAGGUACGCUGAAACCAAGGACUCUGGCAGCUUCCUGCUAAAAAACCUCAAGGACACAGAAAGAAUGCAGCUUCUCAUGACCUUGGCGUUUAACCCCGAGCCACUCGUAUUACAGAGCUUUCCGUCAGACGAAGGCUGGCCAUUCGCCAAGUACCUGGGAGCAUGUGGGCGCGUGGUAGCUGUCAACUACGUAGGCGAGGAUCUGUGGAGAUUCUACAAUGCGCCAUGGGAGAAGAGGGUAGACUUGGCACGCCAGCUGAUGGACAUCGCCGAGCAGCUCACCAACAAUGUUGAGUUUGCCCUCUACCUGCUCGAUGUCAGCUUUGACUUUGCGGUCGGCCCACGUGACGGAAAGGUCAUCAUUGUUGACGCCGAGAAUGUUCUUGUGGCCGACAAAAGGCUGAUCAAGCAAAACAAGCCAGAAAACUACGAUGUGUGGUACGAGAGCCGGUUUGAAGAGUGCGACAGGGAGGCCUGUCUGUCUUUCUCCAAGGACUCUCUUUGUUCCAGGGUCACUGUGGACCACAACUACUAUGCCAUAUGUCAAAACCUGCUGUCGCGGUAUGCUACAUGGCGGGGCACCACUGGAGGACUCCUCCACGACCCGCCUGCCCACAUAGCCAAAGAUGGACAACUCAAGGCUCUGUUGGACGAGUGCACCAAACCCAAAAAGCGCUACGGCCGCUUUCAGGCGGCAAAGGAACUGCGCGAAUACCUCACACAGCUAGCUGCCGCUUCCUCCUCUGCCAUGGCCAGGUAAUGAAUGGAGUCGGCGUUAGCCUGACGCAAUUAAAGACUGAAUUCUGUACUUUUUAUCUCUGGACUCUUGAGAUCCUGGUUCUUGUUCAUGAUGUCAUUCGUUCUCCUUUAUGCUCUGGAGCAGGAAGGUGUUAGCUCUUGCAUCAGGAAGGGUAAGAAUCAAACUUCAAAGCUGAUUUAUUCAAACUGUAGCUUUUACCUUACUUUGCUCCUGUGUAAAAGAGGAAUGUGGCACUAUAUAAUUCUGGUUAGAACCAGGAUGGAGAGGGAAUAGGGGUAAAUUCUCCCCUCCCAGGGUGGGCUGCCAUUUUUUUGGGGGUGGGAAGAUCAGAAAGGGCUCUGGUAAACGCAUCCUUCACUGGACACAGGCUUACGCAAACCAGAGCAUCCAAGCAGCAGCAACAUUGCAUAGCCCUGACCACAUCCAUCCUCCUGCCACUCCUCAGUCCAUCCGAACUGUUGUUUUGAUUGCAACGCUUAUUUCUCCUGUUUUUUUGUUUUGUUUUAAUCUGGUGUUCUUUUAAAGACUGAAUUUAAGUUUAGUUAUUUUUUUUCUUUGUUUUUGCUGUGCCCCCCCCCGGUAUCAUUGCUGCAGAGAAGAUGGAAGUAGCAUGAAUCUGCUAUCAGGCAGCAGGAAAGGCCAGACUACAGUAGGUUCCCGAGCAGAAACAGGAAGUUCUGUGUUUUAGGUUUCAUGCGAGACAAAAGGAAAAAAAAAAACCUUGAUGCCUGUAUAAUUUCCUGCUACUCCAAUCAAUCACUUGAUUUCCAGGUUAUAUAAAUGAGGCAAUCAUCCUGGAUUUUUUCUUCUUUAAUUUGUUUUGUUUCGGGUGAUUUUCCUUUUUAAUAGAGAAAUUGAGACAGCUGCUUAUAGGAAAAAGGUGGAAAUUGGACAUUGGUGGUCUCUUGAUGCAAAUUUGCCUAUACCAAAGAGGCUAUUUGUAAUAUUAAGAGUUCUGAGCAGUACAGAGAGUUAUAUUUUUGGUUCCCCACCAGAGCUGUCCAGAAAAACUUUAAUGUGUACACACAUCUUAUGUGAGCUGGCAGGCCUGCAUACUGAUUUCCCCUCUCCUAAGAACUGAAAUCCUGUCAGAUCUAAGGCAUAAAUUAGCCAUAUUAAAUGUCACAAACCCCCUCUGCUUUGUCACCCUCCCUCAGACUUGAUAAACGAUCAUUUGAUUUUUUUUAAUGUAUUUUUUUAAGACUACAAAACUUGAUAAAAGUGAAUAAAAUUCUGUUAAAAAAAUCUGUAAUUAUAUAUAAAUUCUUCUGCUUUCUGCUCUGUUCUCCCACUAAUGUUUAGUGCAGUAAGUUCCAUCAAGCCAAUGGUAUAAAAAGCAAUGAAGAUACCAGAUUACAUCCGUGCUCCAGAAGUGGCUUCUGACCUGCACUUUUCCAUUUUGAAUCCCAGAAUGUCUGCUGAAUAUUAAACACUCGGCACCACUUAGAGGUUGGGUUGAUUUUUACAGUCGGGGGACCAACAAAUUAAACAUAAUCACAAAUCUAGCUUCAAUUGGUAAUUCAUUGUGAGAGCUUACUUUAAAGAAUAAAACUGUCUCUGGCUCCAUAUGUUUUGUAUGUCAACUGUGUUGAUGUUGUGAAUCAGACGCCCAGUGGAGUGUUGUGUAGCACAGUCAACAGACAAAUAAUCAAAAGUGAGCCCCUCCACCUGCGGGAAAAGGAGAAAGCACAGCAGUUUUUAUUUUAUUUUUUGUUGUUUUGUUGGGUUUUUUUUUUUUUUUUUUUUUUUGGGCCUUCUCUGAGACUUGGAGAGCUGAUGUGACCCUUGCCAGUUUGGAAAAGCAAUAAAGACAAGUUUGGCUAAUGGAUUUUUGUUUCUGAACUCCCCUUUUCCUUUUAUUGUGUUGGAUAUAUUGUUUGCCCAGUCUGGAGGAUGGUCAACUCGGAAAGAUUUGUUCAUGCGUAACUAACUGUCCUCUUUUGUACUGUAAUAUUUUUUUUUUUUCUUUUGAGUAUUCUAUCAGCAUUGUCUGAUUUUUCCUGUGCCUUUCAUUCAAAAGUUGUAUUUACAACUUUUAGUGGGUUUAAAUAUUAAAAU